AAUUAAAAAUCUCUUUGUAAACUUAAGAAUUUCAUUUAAAAAAUCUAGGUGUUUCUACUUAUUAUUAUCUUAUCAAGUAUCAAAUAGACGAUGAGUUUUUUUGAUUUGUACAUGUCAGUGAAUCAUUAUAAGAUUCAAGUAGAUAUGAGCAAAGUGUAAAUGUUAGAUUUUCAAUAAUACAGUAUGUAUUUUUAAUAAUAUAAUUAUGGCAUUUAAUAAAAUUGUAUUAUUGAUGAUAUGGUGCGAAUUACAAUUAAUAUGGACGCAAACAACUAUACCAAAAUCACUCAGAGAAUGUUAUAGAAACAAUGCAAUAUUAAAUCCCCAACUUCCAUUGAACUUGCGUAUAUUAGUAGACAUCAUACAAAAGAUGGAAAAACAAUCUUAUUCAAUAACAGAUAUGAGAAUAAUGUCUUCAUCAAUAUUACACAGAUUUAAGUUCGAUGGUGUUGAAUAUCAACAGAAUAUUCAAGUUACAGAAGAUGUACUACCAUUCAGUGGGACUGGAACACAACGUAUUAAACAUGAAUUGAUAGAAGAAUUAGUUCCAGGAAAUACAAAAGCUUUGCCAGUUCAUAUACUUUCACAAGAAGAGCGAUGUAUGCUUCAUGAAGCUAUUUCAAAUACAAUUUUGGAACCUUACAAUAAAAGCAAACAUAUAUCAUGUAGUCAUAUCAUAGAAAAACUAACAGGUAAUACUAUGUUUAAUGAUACAUGGAAUUGUCCAAGACAACAAGGAGUGGUUCUAACACAAUAUGGUACUAUUACUCCUGGUGCAAUUAUAGGAGCAAUUGCUGCAUCUCUCCAACAUCAAAAUGUUGCUGUAAAUCAAUUAAUCACAAAUUUGGAUAUACCUCCUUCAGAUACAUAUAGUUUACAAUUUAAUGAAGAAGAGGUCGAUUUUGUUCUUCCAAGAAGUCGAGCGAUUCAUAAACCACUUAUGUGGUACAAUACUUUAAAUGUUUCAUCUAUGAAAAUUGAUAAUAUAUGGUUGACAACAAUUGCAGGCGAAUUAGCGGAAAUGGUUGUGUACCAAGGACCUUUACUAGCAAAUAAUAUGACUCUCGGUGCAACAGGAUUCUGGCAAAGUAUGAUGCGUCCGACAAUUUAUUAUCUCACAAGUUUACAUAACAAUUUUGAUGCAACUCGAGCUGAAUUAAUAGGAGGCAUUGAUGGAAUGAUUAUUGCAACUUAUUUACCAACCUGGAUUCAGGACUUUUACAGCCUUCGACUUAGUCAAAUUUUGGAAAUGUAUUACUCAUAUGAAGGUGUCACGUUUAAUGCAAACGUGAAAGCUUGUGAUCGAGCACAAGCCUUUUUAUAUGCAGUGCCAAAGACUAUUUUAAAUGAACAGACUUAUGCCAUAGCUCAGAUGUUAGCUUAUCGUAAAAGCAUUGCGUAUAUUUCUCCUGAAGCAUUGCAACAACUGGUUGAUAUAGCAGUUGAAAAGUUUUAUACUUAUGCAAGGAAUCAUUUGUUCCCUAAGUUACCUUGUCAUCAAAUAAAUCAACCCCAAGUAGAAGCACUGAUUGUAUUUGAUGGUGCAUGGACAAUAGAAUAUACAAUAGACUUUCUUUCAACUCUUAUACAAGAUUUGGAUGUAUCAAUGUAUGGAUCAAAAAUGGGAAUAAUACAUGGUACUUCAGGAGAAUGGUUGUUAAAUGUUACAAACAGUCCAUCAAUCGCGUUUCAAGCAUUAAAUAAUUUUACUAAUACAACAUGGCCUACGAAAUUUAAUUAUACCCGAGUUUUGGAAACGGUAUCUAUUUACUUGAAAAGAACUUGGGAGUACAAUUACAAAAAUCAAAUAGUUGGAAAUUUUGGUCAGGUAGUUAUACUCUUAAUUCCAUUAGCUCACAUGUCCAAUAAUGAGAAAGAAUCAGUAAUAAUAUUAUUGCGUCAACUAAAACACGCUUAUCCAGAAGUUCAUUUUGUAUAUUAUGUAUCCCCAUAUAACGAAAAUUUAUUUGAAUCGUUUACUUUAUGGGAGGAAGAUUAUAUAAUAAAAAAUUCCAAUAUUGACACUAUUACUCAAUACGUAUCGAGAAUUCCACGAACAUUACGACUUGCGACAGUUACAGAUGUAAAUACGAAUAAAAAUGUCAUUUCCCAAUGGGAAGAUUAUAUUAGUCCUUCAAAAUCUAUUACUUACAGAAUACAUUCACACUGGAAACGAAAUAUGAAAAAGAUAGUAGUUACGAUUCAUACUUUUGGCUAUGGUACAAUGAAAGCCUGUGUAUGGGUAGGAUUUGAACCUAAUGAUAAACAAAAUUUACAAUGUGCAGAAUUAUCUGGUUACAAAGAAGUUACAUUAACUGAUCACUUUAAAUGUACUAGUACUUCGUCUUGUCCUAAUUUUUAUCUUCGUACGCAAAACGUAACUUCUUUAUAUAAAUGUGCAGAAAUAGACUGUAAAACACCGGAUCAAGUAAGAUAUAUCAUAAGAACGAAUCAGCAAAAUGUUCAUUAUGAUAAUUCUGCAGAUAAAAAUGCAAUAUUGAUCUCAUUAAAUAUUGUAGCCUUAUUUGUAUUUCAAGUAUUCAUGUGAAAUUUAUUAUAUUUCAAGUUUUUCUAUGGAUACUUAUAAAAUUUUUUACUAUAUGCUAAUAUAGUAAUAUAUAUAGUAAUAUAGUAUAUAUAGUAAUAUAUAUAAUAUGUACUAUAUACUAA